AUGCCGCAACCAUUGAACCCCAAGGAUCAGUCCUUGUUCCGUCAAGUGGUUCGCAACUUUGAGCUCAAGCAAUAUAAGAAAGGUAUCAAAACGGCAGACCAAGUUCUCCGCAAGAACCCCAAGCAUGGCGACACGCAGGCGAUGAAGGCUCUGAUUAUGAGCAACAUGGGGCAGUCCGAGGAGGCCUUCACGCUCGCCAAGGAGGCCCUGCGCAACGAUAUGAAGUCGCACAUUACCUGGCACGUUUACGGUCUCCUAUACCGACAGGAAAAGAACUACGAGGAGGCUAUCAAGGCAUACCGAUUUGCUUUGAGAUUGGAGCCUGAGUCAGGCCCCAUCCAACGAGAUCUAGCUCUGCUUCAGAUGCAGAUGCGUGAUUUCCAAGGAUACAUCCAGACUCGCACGGCAAUGCUGCAAGCGCGCCCUGGCGUGCGACAGAACUGGACAGCAUUGGCGAUUGCUCAUCACCUGUCUGGAGAUUUGGAAGAGGCCGAGAAGGUGUUGACAACGUACGAAGACACAUUGAAGGGAACCCCGCCUGUUGCUGAUAUGGAGCACUCUGAGGCUAUCUUGUACAAAAACUCCAUUAUCGCGGAGACGGGCAACCUCGAAAGAGCUCUCGAGCACCUCGAGAAAUUCGGGUACCGGUGUACGGAUGUUCUCGCGGUCAUGGAGAUGAAGGCUGACUAUCUCCUGCGACUUGGAUCUGACCGCAAGGCCGAGGCUGAGGAGGCAUACACUGCGCUUCUGGAGCGGAACCCCGAGAACUCGGUCUAUUACAACGGGUUGAUACAAGCAAAGGGUAUUCCGGAGACCGACCACAAGGCAUUGAAGGCGCUGUAUGACCAGUGGGUGGAGAAAAACCCGCGUGGUGAUGCCGCUCGCCGCAUUCCUCUUGAUAUUCUAGAAGGCGAAGACUUCAAGCAAGCCGCGGAUGUUUACCUGCAGCGAAUGCUCAAGAGAGGCGUUCCUUCGCUUUUUGCCAACGUCAAGACUUUAUACACCAACCCCGCCAAGCGCGACGUAGUGCAGGCUUUGGUUGAGGGAUACGUCUCUAGCAGCCCAGCGCAAGGGAACGACUCUGCUGAUCCCAAGGAGAAGGAAUUCCUCGAACUGUCUUACUACUUCUUGGCCCAGCACUACAACUACCACCUCAGCCGCAACAUCGCCAAGGCCAUGGAGAACGUCGACAAGGCCAUCGAGCUAUCACCGAAGACUGUAGAAUACCAGAUGACCAAGGCGCGGAUCUGGAAGCACUAUGGUAACCCAGUUAAGGCAGCAGCAGAGAUGGAGAAGGCUCGUCUACUGGAUGAGAAGGACCGACACAUCAACACCAAGGCCGCCAAAUACCGACUACGCAACAAUGAGAACGAAAAGGCUCUGGAAAACAUGAGCAAGUUCACCCGCAACGAGACCGUGGGCGGUGCUAUGGGUGAUCUUCACGAGAUGCAGUGCCUGUGGUAUCUAACUGAGGAUGGUGAGGCAUACUUGCGACAGAAGAAGCUGGCACUGGCACUUAAGCGCCUCCACGCCGUGUACAACAUCUUUGAUACCUGGCAAGAAGAUCAGUUCGAUUUCCACAGCUUCUCUCUACGCAAGGGUAUGAUCCGCGCCUAUGUCGACAUGGUGCGCUGGGAAGAUCGUCUGCGGGAGCACCCAUUCUACACACGAAUGGCCGUCUCUGCUAUCAAGGCGUACAUCCUCCUCCAUGAUCAGCCUGACCUCGCCCAUGGACCGAUGCCCACCAUCGUCGAUGGUACUGAGGGAUUGACCGAAGAGGAGAAGAAGAAGGCCCUCAAGAAGGCCAAGAAGGAGCAGCAACGUUUGGAAAAGAUCGAGUCUGAUAAGCGUGACGCAAGAAAGGCCGCCGCCGCCAAUGCCAAGAAUGUCGAUGGAGAAGUCAAGAAGGAAGACGCCGAUCCUUUCGGCCUCACCCUAGUGCAGACCAAGGAUCCUCUCAACGAAGCCAUGAAGUUCUUGACACCCCUCAUCAGCCUGAGCUCGCAGAACAUCGAGUCCCAGACCCUUGGUUUUGAGGUUUACCUUCGCAGGAACAAGCAUAUCCUUGCCGUGAAGUGCCUCUCAGCUGCCCACGCCAUUGACCCCUCAAACCCCACUCUCCACUUGCAGCUCUUGCAAUUCCGCAAGGCUCUCGAAAAGCCUGCUGAGUCCAUUGACCCUAAGGUUGCCGAGGUUGUCAACGCCGAAUUCGAGAAGCUCCUCCCCAAAUCCCAGGACCUUGAGGAAUUCAACGAGUCUUUCCUCUCUGCCAACAAGGCCAGUGCCACACAUGUCCAAGCUGCUCUUUCUGGCCGUCUCCUCCUGAAUGCGGACUCUAAGACACAGUGUGAGAAGGAUCUUUUGGCUACCCUCGACUCUUCUGAUAUCACCAUCGAUGAAGCUGCUCUUGCCCUCGAGCUUCUGACUAAAUGGGGUAUCGAUAAGGCCGCCUAUGCUGAAAAGGCGACUAACAAGUGGCCAGAGUCUUCCGUUUUCCGUCUGAACUAG